GCGGAUCUGCAAGCAGCGGCGGCAGUAUCACCUCCAAUGAUGGUAAGUUCGAAAACAUCACGCCAGAAUCUGCCCCAUCCGCUCCCGUGGAAACGGGUACGCAGACAGAUGAUUAUGACGCCGAUACCCCGAAACACGGCAUUGGCAUGCCGAUUUUCACCGGAAUUACUAUUUGGUUGGGGUUAUCCUGGACAAUUUCUCUGGCCGGCCUGGCGGCGGUGGUUGACCAACUGAAAUCCAAUUGCAUUCAGGUGAACGUCACCGGAAGUGAUGGGCAGUCGGCUGUGGUUAACUCGUGUGGUCCUGGGUUUGGCAUGUCCUGGUUUGCGCUGUUCCUAGAGUUAUUCGCUGUUGCAGGGAUCUAUCUGGCCAUCAAGUACAGAACCUGGUACGACUAUAAGCUGCUGCUGGCAGGGCUUAUGCUACUGGCGACGGCCGUAUUCACCGUGAGCGUCGACUUCAUACUGACAAUAUCGGCUCUGUCUCCCAAUGAUUCGCUGGUGAGCUCGGCCGAUGCUGCGGCGGCUGGGUUCAUCAUGAUGCUGAUGGGCAACUACCUACUGUUCCUGCUGAUACUCCCCGCGAGCGAAUCCGCUGUGGGUAGGUUUCUGGCACGGCCGAAUUGGCCGAAAAUCAACUGGUCCAGAUUUCGAAGGAAAAGGGCCCCUUUUAAUCCCGAAGAGGGGGCCGCAGAGACUGGUAACUGAACUGGGGUGGAUUACUACCACAGGCGGGCGACAGUUGCCCCCCUUUAAUUGGGCCUAUAUAUCUCAGCCUGUUGACUGGGGUAGUGCGCUUGGAUGUCGUGAGCAAACCGCAAGCAAUGUCUACACUCUGCCAGACACUCUGAACCCAGACCACAGUAGUAUUUGGCGCGCAAACCCAGUACGUCCGGUCAACGCCCGUGAUUCUGGCGCUGUGCGAAGGCUGACGCAUAUCUGGAGCAGGCGAUAACAUAGAUACACCCCUCCACUGCGAUGCUACACGGACACAUACUUAAGACAGAUUUGUUCGUGUCCCGUACCAGACCGUAGGGGGAUGGGUAAGUAGAAGGUAGCCUGAUACUAGUAUGGGGUCCUCCCAUUCAAUUGCGGUGGGAGUACCAUACGUGUGCCGAUCUAGUGCACUGUGAAACGCAAUGUUCUCCGUGCGAGCAGUUCGGUACUCUUUGUUACCGUGCGAGUGAGUGCGUGCGACCCUUCGCGCGACUUGCCCAUGCAUGGACACUCACGACUCACACAAGUCCACGCUAGCACACACACACACUGAUACGUACGUGACAAAACGUGCUCUUACAUGGGUACAGACAUUUGUAUCAUAUACGCGCGUACAAGUAAUGCGAGGGGCAGCACCUAUGCGGCUAACUGUGUUGCUGACCGAAGGGUGCUGUGGCAGAUCGGCUCGCAGUGUGGUCGCGUCAGGGCGAGUGGGGAAUGGUGUGCGAGAUAAGGACUGUGAUGAAUCAGGACUGUGAUGGAGCGCAAGGACGGGUCGAUCUGGGUUGCCUAUCCCUAUACCCAAUGGGCCUCAAGAGUUGCCUAUCCCUAUACCCAAUAGAUCUCGAGGGUACGUAGGACCUGGUUUGACAUGGAGGUGCAGGAUUGAAGCCACCAGGCCAUACUAUAAGCCAUCUGGAUCAGUUAGGGGCGUGCGCAUGUGUUCGUUUUCUUUUCCUCACUUGUAGUAUGGUCCACAGCCUUGUUUGCUGAGCAGGCGGUGGAUAGUUGCGGAUGGGCACGGGCACUGACCUGUGGCAGUGGGAACGACCAACGACCACUGUUCGGAAAAGGGUUAAAACCAGACGGAGGUACACCCCAUGGUAUCUGAAUACCAAUCAAUGCCCUUAGCAUGCUCGUAAUGGGAAACAGGUCCAGGCCAAUGUAUGUAAGCGAGGCCGAUACUCAAUUACAUACACAUACCACCCACUGGUUGGAUGGGAAAUGGACGCGUACAGGCUUGGUUGGUUCAGUAGCCAGCAUGCAUGCAUGCAGCAGCCCACACACAAACUAUGGUAGACGGAUCGAAAUGCAUAGCUUGUAUGCACAUAUCUAGCGAAGGCUACCGCUCAUAUCACCGCCGUUGCCUCAUCUCACAGUGGGUGUCGUAGACUGUCUCACUGCACCUGACGGUCCUGCACCUGACUGUCGCGGGUGUAGGGCAUUUGCACCUGUAGUGCUGGGUCAAACUUCUGAUACGGCCUAUGGGGCGAUAGGAGUUUCUACGAAUCGAUGAACUUGAACGUGGCUAAACACGGAAAGUUUGAACGUGGCUAAACACGGAAAGUUUCGCAAGUCAUGACCACAUUAAAACAAAUUGAUUAAACCAAUGGGAUCUUUUUC